UACAUUAUGCGCAACCUGUGCCACAGUCAUAAUAACGCAGGAGAAGCGAGGUGUAAACGGUACUUUGUCUGAUCCAAAUUCUAAACGGCAGAUAUACAUCAAAGACUUUCAGAAUGGCAAACCAGAACGGACAGGGAAAACCUCCUGGCCUCGUGAAGCUGUACGGGGUGACUUGGCCGGGGAUGGUAACGAAAGAGGCCUUGGAUGCGCUGAAAGCCUACGAUGUAUGGGAGGAUGAUGUGUGGGUGGUGACGUAUCCCAAAUCAGGUACGCACUGGGCGGUGGAGAUAGUGAAUCUCAUCCUCGUGGACGGUCACGAAGAUAAAAUCAACCGGGCCCAGCAGUCCCACCCAGUGGAGUUCCACAUAAAACGACCGAACGCACCCCCACCACAAUAUGAGGCGAUGAAGGACUGGAAGGCUCCGCGGGUCGUCAUGACGCACUUGACGGAGGAGCUCAUGCCGAGCCAGAUAUACCAAGGAAAGGGCAAGGUUGUGUAUGUCAUCAGAAAUCCCAAGGAUACCACUGUGUCAAAUUGGAACUUUGUCGGCAAGAUGAAGUUUGACCCCAAAUUUGAGAAAUGGGACGACUUCGUCAGAGAGUCCUUUUCUGAAGACAUGAUGUAUGGAACAUGGUUCGCUUACGUGUUGAACUUCUGGAAGAAGCAUCGUCACGACAAAAACUUCCUGUUCCUGAAAUAUGAGGACAUGAAAACAGACCCCAAGGGAGCGGUCAUACAGAUUUCAGAUUUCCUUGGAAAAAAUCUCUCCGAGGAGGCAAUUGAACGGGUGGUUGAGUUUAGCAGCUUGAAUAGCAUGAAGGCCCGCUUCAGUCAAGCUAAGCCAGCAAAAGAGGCGCCACCACAAUCGCCACCAGCCGACAAAGCGAGUGCGCCCUCUAGCGACGAGGCGAAGGCAGGUCCAAGUAAGACGAAGUUUGGGGCGCCCUCUAUAAUCCGGAAAGGAAUUGUGGGCGACUGGAAGACGGUGUUCACCGUAGCACAGAACGAGGAACUCGACGCCCUCUAUCGAGAGAAAAUGGCAGGGUCUGGGCUGACGAUUCAAUUUGAAUGAAAUAUGCAGACUGAGGAAGAACCCAUUGGCUCACUGCCUCGCCGCUCUGUCUAAUUUGUUUGUUUUUUCCUUCUUCAUAGAAAAGCGUUGUUUUGGGCAAGUUACUUAAUUUUUCGAGCAUGUUACUUAAUUGAUUUCAGUUGAAUUUUUAUUUGAAUGAUUAAUCAUAAGCCAGGUCACAAAGGGAUGAAAAAAGGAAAACAACUUUCUAACUUUGUGAGUUUAGACCAGAUGUUCUGUGUUUGACACUUGAUAGAGUUGUGAAUAUUUACUUAAGACUACUAGUAAUGACUAAUGGUGACUAGGCUCUGGCGCAUGCGCUUAUGGAUUCUGUCUGAAAUAAAUAAAUAAAUAGAUCCCAACUCUUGUCCUUAUCAGCGUCAUCGUAAGCUUGUUUUAACAUAGUUAGCUAGAGCUUUGCCAAUUUGUACGGCUAAAAAAAAGGAUCAGCGUUUUCUUGAAGGCAUGAUUUUAAUUUGCAAAUUGUAAAGGUAAUUCGGUGCAAUGAAGUUUUACUUUCCACGAAAGGCGUUUGGUUUAAAGA